AUGGAGGUGCCGCUGGAGGUGGGUGAAGCGUGGAGGAGCAGCCUGGCGCUGGGCUCGGCUCCCGGCGUGCCUGAGUGGAUCUGCGGAGCGGGGGUGGCGGAGGGGGGCAGAGGGUGCAGAAUGGGAGGUGUCCUCGUCCCCUCUGUGAGUUCUGGUCUGAAGCAGGAAAACCCAGAGAGUCCACAGAUCAGCGAGGAGCCAGAGGAACAUGACAUCAAACUGGAGGAAGAUCUGCUGCAAAUAACUGUGGGAGUGAAGGCAGAAGAACACAGUCUGCUCCAGGAAAUCCCACAAAGUCCACAGACUAAAGAGGAGCCAGAGGAAGUGAGGAUCAAACACGAGGAGGAGCCGCUUCCUGUGUGUGUGAAGACAGAAGAGUGGUCACUGCCUCAAAGACAAAGUGAGCACAGAGAGGAGACACAGGGAGAAGACAUCAGCCCAGAGUCUGAGGGACACACAGAGCACUCCUCUGACCACGACCAGGAUGAAGACCUUCAUCUUCAGCCUGUGUCCUCAGAGACAGAUGAUGAUGGAGACGACCACCACAGACCGUAA